CUGAACGCUAUUUGAACGUGAAGCGAGUUGUUCAGCGUACACGUUGCGUUGUUGCCAUCAGGGCUGCAAUGACAUAUGGAAUUCAUAGACUAGCGAUGAAAGUUGGAUGACUACAAAAUACUCUUUAAGCAGUUAACUCUGAAGAUGAUCGUCGAGAAUGUGGAAGCUUUAAAGUCAUGGCUUGCCAAACUCCUGGAGCCCAUAUGUGAGGCAGAUCCUUCCGCACUGUCCAGCUAUGUAAUUGCUUUAGUGAAGAAAGACAAACCUGAAGAAGACCUGAAGGCUCUUUGUAAAGAUCAGCUGGAUGUCUUCUUACAAAAAGAGACUGACAGUUUUGUAGAUAAACUCUUUGAAUCUUUAACCACCAAAAGCUACUUGGGGACCCCAGUAAAGGAAGUUCUAACCAAGGAUACCUCCAAACUUUAUGGUGGAAAAUAUGUGGGGGCGGAGGAGGAGGUCGGCCAUGUUGACGUCAAGCGUGACGGCGGAAGAAACAGAAGUCCUUUGAGAGUCCACCCCGACUGUAACGGGUCACGGUAA